GGAGCUGAUGGCUGCAGGCCACCUCCGUAUCGGGGUGUGUAAACUCAAAGAACUCGGAUUUUUGGGGUUAAGAUCUCCGCUUGUCUCGGCAGCGCAGCAAACAUGCCAGAACAAAGCAAUGAUUACAGGGUGGUGGUGUUCGGAGCUGCAGGGGUUGGCAAAAGCUCCUUGGUCCUUCGUUUUGUAAGGGGGACUUUCAGGGAAACCUAUAUCCCCACCGUGGAAGAUACGUACCGGCAGGUCAUCAGCUGCGAUAAGAGCAUCUGCACCCUUCAGAUCACGGACACCACGGGAAGCCAUCAGUUCCCCGCGAUGCAGAGGCUGUCUAUAUCCAAAGGGCACGCUUUCAUCCUGGUGUACUCUGUCACCAGCAGGCAGUCCAUGGAAGAUCUGCAGCCCAUCUUUGAACAGAUUUGUCAGAUUAAAGGGGACAUCCAGAAAAUCCCAAUCAUGUUGGUGGGUAACAAAAGCGAUGAGACUCAGAGGGAGCUGGAUGCUAGCGAGGGGCAAGCGUUAGCCAGCAAGUGGAAGUGUUCCUUUAUGGAGACAUCGGCCAAAAUGAACUACAACGUGCAGGAGCUCUUCCAGGAGCUCUUGAAUCUGGAGAAGAGGAGAACUGUCAGUCUCCAGGUGGAGAAAAAGAAGAAGGAGCAGAAAAAGAAAGAUAAACUGCAAGGCAAGUGCUCUGUUAUGUGAUUGACUUUGGCUGGGCUCGC